AUGGAGCCAUUAUACAAAAGAUUCCUUAAGCAAGCACCUCCUGUGUUUCUGGGAGGUCCAGAUGUGAUGAAGGAUGAGCAGUGGCUCACUAUGAUUGAACGAAUCUUGAAUUUUAUGGGUGUGGAUGUCACUAUUAUAACCUGGAAAGAAUUCAAGGAGUUGUUCAACGCCAAGUACUACAAUGAAGUCGUCCGUAGUGCUAAGCGGAAAGAGUUCACUGAGUUAAUGCAGACUAAGGGAAUGUCAGUCACGGAGUAUACCACAAAGUUCGAUCGUUUGGCCAAACUCGUCAUGGGUAUUUUGCCAACAGAUUUUAGUAAGAAAGAAAAGUACCUGACCGAUUUAAAUGUGAAGAUUAAACAUGAUCUGGUGAUCACUACCAAUCAAGCAACCACUUUUGCAGAAAUGGUUGAAAAAGCUCUGAGAGCCGAGGGUGUAGUUAAAUUCCUUCAGGAGCCCCAAGUGACUCCGAAUGUUGGUGGAACCCCCACUUUUCCUACUCCUGCCUAUGGUAGGGAUGGUGGUGAUUCCACCACUGAUCAGAAGAGGAAAGUUACCCCUGCAUCUAACGGCUCGAUGCAGAGUAAGUGGUUCCGUAGGAACCAAGGCAGAGGUGGAGGUCAGGGUUACUCUUACCAUGAGUGCCUACGUUGUAAGAAACAUCAUCCGAGAGAGUGCAAUUGGAAGACUUGCUUCCAGUGCGGCAUGGUGGGACAUUUCAAGAAAGAUUGCCCUCAGGCAAAGAAAGAAGAGCAGAAGUCAGAGGCGAGACCUGUACCCGCUCGGGUGUUUCCCAUUACCCAAGGUAAUGCUGCAGUCAGUCCUUCUAUGGUGACGGGUCAGCUUCUUAUCAACAACUCCUUGUAUAUUGUAUUAUUCGAUUCGGGAGCUACACGCUCAUAUGUAGCUACACGGGUAAUUGAUCUUUAA